AUGAGUCUCGUUGACGAUGGAACCAUCGGUGUCUCUAUUGAUCAGGAGCUAAUAGGAGCACGAGAUCUGGUCGAAUAUGGCCGGGCGAGUCCUGUCGGCCUGGCUGCUCCUAGGCCUGAUCCGACACUGCAGGCUGGAGUCAAGCACGCCAUCACAUAUGCUAUCACAGUCCUAAUUGUCUCUUGUCCUUGCGCGAUUGGUCUGGCAGUACCUACGGUCAUCGUUAUUGACAGUGGCAUCGCUGCCGAGCGAGGCGUCAUCUUCAAGGCUGCGGACAGCAUAGAGCUCGCUUGCAAAACUUCCCAUGUGGUAUUCGACAAGACCGCAACUCGCACGCAAGGCAAAGUCACCGUUGCGGUUGAAUAUAUAGAUAACACGAGCAAUUCCAUGUCGCUAGUUCUCGGUCUCAUAGGAAGUAACAAGCAUCCCAUCUCCACCGCCGUUACUGCACAUUUGAAAGCCAAGGACAUGACAGCGUCUACUGCCAUUGACACAAAGCUGCUGACCGGGAAAGGCGUAGAAGGGUCUACACCAGACCUCAUCCUCCGCGCAGGAAAUCCACGAUGGCUCAACCAAUCAUCUAAUCUACAGGUUCAAUCGACCCUUGAACGAGGCUAUACACCAUUCUGUGUCACAAUCAACGACACCCUCGCUGCCGUCUUUGGUUUGGAAGACUCAAUCCGUCUCGACGCUCUCGAAACCAUCACAAAGCUCCAGGAACCAGACAUAUCUGUCCACUUCCUCUCAGGUGACGACGGCGGCGCCGUCCGCUCCAUUGCAAGACAACUCGCCCUCCUCACGCCGCUCGAUCAAUCCCCCAGCAGGAAGAGCCCAGCAACAAUCUUCAUCGGCGAUGGCACAAACGACGCCAGCGCCCUCGCCACCUCCAUAAUUGGCCCUACUCAGCAUCCCGACGAUGAUCAGCAUCGCGAGGAAGCGGUGCGGCAGAUCAAAUUCAAUUUCAGCUGGAGCUUUGUGUAUAAUCUGUUUGCCGUCUUGCUUGGUGUGGGGACAUUUGUGGAUGCCGGAAUUCCGCCAGAGUUUGCGGGCUUGGGAGAGUUGGUUCGUGUCUUGCCUGUUGUUUUUCCGGCUGUGCUCUUAAGAUGGGCUAGGGCUUAG